AUGGCACCCCCACCUCCUGCUGAUGCUCCCCUGGGUGAGCGCCUGGCAAAGGUCGCUACCACGCUGCAGUUUGCCUGGUUUUGCGGCCACUUUACCCUCCUCCUGUCGGUCCUUCGAUAUGGCCUCUCGUACCUCACGUUCAACUACUACUCCAGGUGGGCUCAGUUCACGUACCGCCUGGCCUUCAUCUCUGCCGUAGCCACCUACGGUAUCGUUGUUUUCAAGGCUUAUCGUGCUCGCGUGAAGCCCGGCGCCAAGAUUGGGUCGACUGUCUAUCUCUUGCUCUCGGAUGAGAAUGUGCAAUACCUGCUGAUCAGCUUGGUCUGGUUGUUCGCGAGACAGGUGCCUUUGGCCUUGCUCCCGUUCACCGUCUACUCGGUCUUCCACGUCGCGACUUACACUCGCACCAUUAUUAUUCCCACCUUCCAGCCGCCCAAAGCCGCUCCAUCGAGCACACCCACAUCACCAGGUGCAUCCAAGGCUCCUCAGUCUCCCCUCGCAAACUCUAUCGGCCGAUUUGUCAAAGAAUACUAUGACGGAUCCAUGAUGUUGGUUGCAUUGCUGGAGAUUCUCCUCUGGUUCCGUCUGUUCUUUUCUGCCUUGACGUUUAGCAAGGGCUCUUGGAUCCUGCUGGGCAUCUACGCCAUAUUCUUGAGGGCAAGAUACUCUCAAAGCCAGUUCGUGCAGGGGGCUUUCCUUCAGAUGGGUGCCAGAAUCGAUCAGCAAGUCCAAAACCCCAAUGUCCCACCUGCGCUUAGGCAAGCCUGGGAAACUGUGAAGGGACUCCUGCGUCAGACGGUUGAUGCCACCGAUAUGCGCAAGUACAUGGGAGGGCAGACCCCUCAAAAGAAGCCUCAAUAG